CAUACUGACUUCUUGUGAGGCUUCCCGGAUCGUGGAUAUUGUCAGAAGAUCCCUGGGAGAAGAGAAAGUACUAAGUACACAGUCUGUGGCAAUGGAAACUCUCCCCAGUGCCCUAAAUGCAGAUGAGAAGUCUCCAGAGUCUAAAGACUUAUUGCCCAGUCAGACAGCCAGUUCUCUCUGCAUUAGCUCCCGGAGUGAAUCAGUCUGGACAGCUGGAAGCAAGAAUAAUUGGGAAAUCUUCCGUAAGCCCAUCAUCAUCAUGUCUACAGGUGGGGCUAUCUUCCUCUUCGGUGUGGUCAUCACUUGCUUGUCAUACACUCUGGAUUUACAUAUCAACUCAAGUGUCUUUGUUGGUUAUCAGAUGAGUGGGCCAGCCUUUCUUUCCCUAGGACUCAUGCUUCUGGUGUGUGGACUGGUGUGGGUACCCAUAAUUAAAAAAAAACUGAAGCAGCGACAAAAGUCAGUUUUCUUUCAAAGCCUCAAAUCCUUUUUCCUGAAUCGCUGA